AGUCUUCCUUGCUUCACUCACUCAUUCCCAAUUUCUUUCACACAAACACCACCGAGCUUCCAUUCCUUCAUCAAUGGCGGAUUCCACCGCCACCCCUUACACAACCACUAAACCUCAUUCCCCAUUCACCUCAAGGAUCCACCAUCCAAAGCCUUCUACCACCAUCACCAGAAAAGGUAAGUCUUGCUCUGGUUUCAUCCUCAAAUGUAUCUUCUUGUCACUCUUUCUCGUUGCUCUCCCACUCUUCCCUUCACAAGCCCCUGACUUUGUGAGCCAAACCAUACUCACAAAGUUUUGGGAGCUUCUCCACCUUCUCUUUGUUGGAAUUGCUGUUGCUUAUGGCUUGUUCAGUAGAAGACACAAUGUAGAUUUAGAAUUUGAGCCGUCACAAAUUGAUACAACUCAAUCUGUUAGUAAUAGUUUUGAUAGUGUACCUAGUUCUUAUUAUGUGCCUAAGAUGUUCCCUGAUUCAGAAAUUUCUGGUGGUGAUGAGACUGAAAAUCUUGAUCCAUGUGUUGUUGGGUAUGAUGAUGACAAGAGAGUUGUCAUGAAUUCUUGGGAUGCUAAUCAGUAUUUUGAAAAUGCUGGUGCUGUUGGUGUUUUAGAUGAACAGUACAAUAAGCCCCAAUUGCAAGAUUCUAGUGCUGAUGGUGGUUUUGGUUAUUCUGUUGGAUAUGAUGGGAACAAUGUGGUUCAAUCUUGGAAUUCUGAGUACUAUCAUAGCGGGUCGCUGGUCAUGGUUGCUCAACCAUACAAAAGCAUAGGUGACUUUGGUGGUCAAGUUGAUGGUUAUAGGCCUCUUGGGCUACCGGUUCGAAGUUUGAGAUCGGUUCCUAAAGAGGUUGAUGGUAAUGGUACUAGAUAUGCCAAUGAAAGUGAUUCUAGUAGGGUUUCAUCAAAGGGUUCGGAUAAGGGUAGAGAUAGGGAGUUUGGGGAUCUGGGAGCUUCCAAUUUGGAUAAUAGAUUCAAUGCUGGUAGUGGUGGAGCCUCUGCUUCUCCGAUCCCUUGGAAUUUGAGGCCUAGAAAGGUGGAAAGGGAAAAGAGGCAUGACAAUGUAAGCCAUCCUUUGCAUUUUAGGCCUCUUUCGGUUGAUGAAACUAAGUUUGAAGCGUUUGGUUCGAGGUCCUUACAGUCUUCAAUGUCGUUUUCUUCCCUUCCCGAGAAAAUGAAUUUUCAAGAGGAAGAUACAAUGCCAAAGACUUCUUAUGUGCCGCCUGCUGUAGAAAAUAUGAGUUUCCCAGAGGAAGAUAAGAGACAAAGGAAGACUUCGUUUGUGCCAGCCUCUCAAAUUGCAAAUUUCCAUGAAGAGGAUACAGGGCAAAGGAAGAAAUACUAUGUGCCUGCUUCUGAAAAUUCGAAUUUCAAAGAGGUAAAUUCGGGAAAGAAGAUCUCCCAAGCAUCUUCUUCGAGAAACAGAAGGGUGAAAACUAAAGGAAAAUAUGCUGCCGUUUCUUAUCCUUUGAAUUUCAGGCCAAUUCCAGUUGACGAAACUCCGAAUGAAUCACAUGGUUCACAGCCUUUCCAGUCCAUGGAACCAUUCACUUCCCACACAAGUAUGCAUUAUUCCUUGGGUUUGAGUUCAUCAGAUAACAUGAACGUCCAACCGGAAGAUAUGGAACAACAGAAAACGUCUCCUGUUCAUGUAUCAGAGAAUAUGAAUUUCAAAGAGGAAGAAAUGGAGCAAAUGAAGAUUCCAUAUGUGCAUGACUCUGAAGAUGUGAAUUUCCAAGAGGAAGAUAUGGAACAGCAAAAGACUUCUUGUGUGUCUGCUUCGGAAAAUACAAAUUUCCAAGAGGCAGAAUCAGGAAAGGUUACCGAGGCGUCGUCUUCAAGAACUGCGAGGAUGGGAGCUAAAGGAAAACGUCCAGCUGUUUCUCAUUUAAUGCCAACAUCUGAAACACAAUUUGAAUCACUCAGUUCGAGGUCUUUCCAGUCUACCGGAUCUUUCUCAUCUAGAGCUUCCUUAGAUUCUGUUUCUUCCGAAAACAUGAACUUGCAGAGGGAAGAUUUAGCAGAAAAGAGAAGUCCUCAUGGUUCUUAUUCAAAUUCAUCAUCACCUCAAGCUAGAAGUGACGGUGAAACUUCACUGCGACCAUCUCAUGCUCAUGCUCGUGGGUAUAGUAUUGGUUCUUUGCUAGAAGAUGACAUGAAGAGUGAUAUGAAUGAUGACUUGGGGAAUCUAAUGGGGAAUCCAGGCGAUCGGCCGGAGAACAAAAAAUUAGGGAUGCAUGCUUUGCGGUUAGACUCAGGAGAGCCUACAAGCCUUGCAAAAUCUUCAUCGAGGGGAAAAUCGGUUAGAACUAGAAGAGCAGGUGGAUUGACUUCAUGGGCAAUGAGAGUGGGAGAAACACCUAGCAAGCAAACCGAUGAAAAGGUCGAAAAGAAGCCGAGUAUUGUUGAGUCAGUACCAAUGAGAAAAGAUAAAGUGAAAGUUGAUGAAGUUGAUCUUUCAUUGAAAGAAAUCAGUAAGAAAAGUUUAGAGUCUUAUCCUCCUAAGCCAGAGUUUGUAUUUUCUAGUCAUCUUAAGAGAGAUAAACCGGAACCAUCCAAGAAAGUGUCCAAUGAAGAUUUGGAUAUUGAUCUUGAUCUUGAGGAUGUUCAGAUGAGCUCAGAUGAUGAAAGGAUGUCUGAAUGCAUCAACGAUUCGGGACUGGAUUCUGAAGUGGACAAGAAAGCAAGCGAAUUUAUAGCUAAGUUCAAAGAGCAGAUUAGACUUCAGAAAUCAGGGUCAGUUGAAAGAUCAAAAGGACAAAGGAUCAUGGGAAACUAUAUCAGGUGAUUUGUAAAACUAUUGUACUCCAAUUGUUUCAUUGAGCUUUUUUCAUUUUGGAUUUUUCUUUUCUUGAUUUUGUGUAAUCAACGAAGUUCCAAUUCUGUUAUUUUGUGGAAGCAGGUAUUCCACUUAAUUUAUUCACAUACAA